AUGAUGCAGCAGCCGCCGCCACAGCAGCAGCAGCAAUGGGCAAUGGCGCCGCCGCCCCCGCCGCAGUACUACCAGGCGGGGCAUGCCCCGCCGCCGCCCCCGCAGUUCUACCAGGUGGGCCCUCCGCCUCCCGCUAUGUGGGGCCAGCCGCCGCCGCAGGCGGCGCCGGCACCGUCGGGCGGCGGGGCCGGGGACGAGGCCAGGACCCUCUGGAUCGGUGACCUGCAGUACUGGAUGGACGAGAACUACCUCUACAGCUGCUUCUCCCAGGCCGGCGAGGUUAUUUCUGUGAAGAUAAUUCGGAACAAGCAGACUGGGCAACCUGAGGGUUAUGGUUUUAUUGAAUUCGGCAACCAUGCUUUAGCCGAACAAGUUCUGCCGAAUUAUAAUGGUCAAAUGAUGCCUAAUGUAAAUCAACCUUUCAAAUUGAAUUGGGCUACCAGUGGGGCUGGUGAGAAACGUGGAGACGAUGGUUCAGAUUAUACUAUAUUUGUUGGGGACUUGGCCUCGGAUGUUACAGAUUUCAUUCUACAAGAUACGUUCAAGAGUCGUUAUCCAUCAGUUAAGGGUGCAAAAGUUGUCUUUGACAGAACUACUGGCUGUUCGAAAGGCUAUGGCUUUGUUAAGUUUGCAGAUUUGGAUGAACAGACACGAGCAAUGACUGAAAUGAAUGGACAAUACUGUUCGAGCAGGCCCAUGCGCCUUGGACCAGCAUCCAACAAGAAGAAUACUGGUGGACAACAACAGCCAUCGAGUGCUAUUUACCAGAAUACCCAAGGAACUGAUUCUGAUAGCGAUCCAAAUAAUACUACUGUAUUUGUUGGUGGUCUUGAUCCGAGUGCGACUGAUGAUCUUCUGAAGCAAACCUUCAGUCCAUACGGAGAGCUUCUCUAUGUCAAAAUACCUGUAGGAAAGCGUUGUGGAUUUGUCCAAUAUUCUAACAGGGCAUCAGCUGAGGAGGCCAUAAGGGUGCUAAAUGGAAGCCAGCUGGGAGGUCAGAGCAUAAGGCUCUCAUGGGGUCGUAGCCCUGCAAACAAGCAGCCUCAGCAAGAGCAGAACCAAUGGAGUGGUGGCUAUUAUGGGUAUCCCCAAGGAUACGAUCCAUAUGGUUAUGCUCGGCCCCCUCAAGAUCCUACCAUGUACGCCUACACACCAUAUCCAGGGUAUGGAAAUUACCAGCAGCAGCCACCACAGCAGCCCCCACCACAACAGUAA